AUGACUGAAACAAAUAAAAUCGAGAAGAAUGAGAUCGAUAUGAAUUCUCAUAGUAUAGUACUAAAUGUCCAUAGAGUUUUCACAAAUAAUGAACUCAGGAAUAAAAAAGUAUGCCUUGAUAGGUUUGCAUUUGCCAGACCUGAAUCCCCAAAGUUGGGUCAGCCUUCAAUCAAAGUACAUUAUGAGUCUUUUGACAGAGUAACCACCGAAAAGUAUAAAAAAGCAAAUAACCUUUUGGGAAAUAUCACUCCUUCUCUGAUUAGUAAAAAUCAUUUUGCCAAGUUAAAGAAACACAGAUUCUUAUCUCCUUAAAAUUCAAACUAUGUAAACUUCUAAUAACUGGCAAUGACUUUCAUGUCCCAAGAUGUGAAAGAUUAUUAAUAAGCAUUGGAUAGACAAACUAUAACUAUCAAAGGUGUUAUGGCAACUCAAUCUCCUUCGCUCUUGAUUACACCGAAGAAAAUGCAGAUUGAAAAGCUUAGAAAGAUAGAAGUGCUCAAAGCUAAUAGAAAUAUUCAUAAUAAAGAUGAUAUCUCAAAGAAAACACUCGAAAGAGAAUCUCGAGAGGAUAAUAGAUAGGAAGAAUUAUAGUUUAAUGAAGGUAAUCAAACAGGCAAACUUAGUGAUAUUGAUUAAAGCAGAGCUAGUAGUGCUAUCACUAGUUCUAAAGUAGUAAAAUAAACGGCUAAACAAUAGUUUUUCUAUAAGAGAGGGUCUUAGAAAAGGAUAGUGGGUAGUGUUGAAAAUGUUGGAGACUAUUCAUCUGACUUCAUUACGAAGAAUUAUAGAAAAGACCUGAAUCAUUAGUAUUCUGGCUAAUAUACAAACUCCAAUGGUAUUGAAUCUAGUUCUGUCACCAAUUUUCUUUAGAGCUAUUACUAAUCGAAUCCCUAUGAUGUCAAACCUGAUGAAAUUAUAGGCUCAGAUGGGCAAAUCUUAGAUUAGAAUAUGAUUUAAAACUAGUUUACUCAUAAGUAUAACCAGCAAAAAAAUAGAAAGGAGCUAUAAAUGUUGCUAGAAAGCACAUAAGUAUAAUCCACUGUUGAGGAUGAGAAUUACUUCAAAUUCGCAAACAAUCUAGAUCCCACAAUAUUUCAAAAUGAAUUCACCGUCAAGAAGUAAUCUUCAAUAAUGAACCAAUCUAUUAUUGAAACAUGGGAGUAAAGACCUUCAUAUAUUAAGUAUAAUCCUGAACCACUAAAGAUACCUCAUCUUUACAAGCAGUAAUAAGAGUAUAUUAAAAUUCAUAAGGAGAACUCGCUUAAUCAAGAUAGCGUCAGCCAGAAUCUUUAAGAACCCUCGUAUAUAAGCAAUACUUCAUAAUCGAAAAGAUCGCCAAACUUGACUCCUAAAGUUCAUAAAAUGAAACUAUAAGAAUCGAAUAGACACAGAUCUCCUCUUAAUGUAGUUAAUGUUAUAAAUAAACCGAAAAAGAAAGAAAAUAGACUGCCAAAAGAAAUUAUAGAUGGAUCUAAUAUUCGAGUAGAAUUGCCGAAUUCAAAUAUUGCCUCAAACUCUUUACUCAGAGAAGGAGGAGAGCAUUAAUCCACUUUGAUCAUUCUUAGAGAGAACAGUGGUGGAGAUCAAUAAAUAAAAGAUAUUAUUGAAGCUAGUGUUGGUGGUUCACCAAAUCAAAGACAAGCUUAAACCACCUAUCAGAAUAUAUAGUAGAAAACUGAGGAAGUAAUACUUUAGGAUAGCUACCAUGAUAUUUCAAAGUUAAAAACUAACUAUUAAUUAAAUAGACCGCAUAGAAAAGGGAAGCUUCCUAUUAGCUAUAUGAAAUUUCAUGCAAAAAACAAAGCAAAUGAAACAUUUUAAAAGUAAAUUAAGCCAGCCAUUGAAUGCGAAUUUAAAGAGCAAAGUGAAAUCACUGGUAUCGUAGAUUAAAGCAUCACAAACAAACUAAAUGGAUCACCAGAUGUAACCUAUAGACAAACAAUCAAUUUAAAUAAGCCCUCUACAGCUAGUAAUUCCUCCCCAUUUAGAAAAACUAAAAGAGGACCUCAUACUAAAUAGCAAGAGUUUAAGUAUUAUUCUCAAAACACAAGAGGCUAAAGCCAAUAGAAGUAAAAUUUCAAUAACAAUAGCUAGUAUUUAUACAAGUCUGAUUAAUCUUCAAAUCAGAAUCUUAACCAAGCAAAGUUUAUUGAAAAUGAAAUGGACAAGAAAUUACCAGUCUCCAAUUAACAAGAUAUGGUUAUUAAUAGAAGAUAGACACAUCUCAUGAGAUAUAUGAACAAUAAAGGUAAGAAUUCGAACACUAAUAGAAGUGUGGUAGUCAAGACUAAAGAUUUCAGUUUCCCAAACCCCACUAUAAAGGAACAAUCAAAGUAGCAGAAUACUAACCUUCAUUAUUAAAUCAUGGUAAAUUAAUAGCAAAAGAAGUUGAAACAAAACAACAAUGACUUGAAUUAAUAUGUGAUUCCAUCCUCCUUCACAUAUUAGUAAGUUUAACAACAAGAAUUGCAACCAUAAAAGAGACCUAAUAAGUCCUUAAAGUUAAAACAAAACUAAACGUAGCACACUUAAACUAACAUUUUAAGAAAUAGUUUAAAUAAAAAUCAGGUAACUUUCAAUACUGGCACAACUGCAUUGCUCACAAACAAGAACACACCAUUGCUCAUAAAUAUGAGAUCUAAUACUGGAAAUGGAAUGAGAAAGUAGAUAAUUGAUCAUUAGGAGAGCACAGUAUCCAAGUCAAGUUUCAUUGUAAACCAGCUAUUGGAUGAUCAUAUGAUAGAUAGUGUCAAUAACGAAUAAAAUUAUGAAUGA